CUGUUUUAAGUACAAGUUCUUCUUUUCCUAGAUCCAGAGAUGUUUCGGAGCCUGCUUCUCACCUUUAUGUGUGGAUUUGCAGCGGCCGUUAUUAAUUCAGAACUGGACCGACACUGGGUGCUAUGGAAGAAGAUGCAUAAUAAAGCGUACUCUCACCAGAUUGAGGAGUUGGGUCGCAGGCGGAUAUGGGAAGAAAACUUGGAAAUGAUUAAUGUCCACAACCUUGAAGCUUCUCUGGGCUUACACACCUAUGAGCUGGCAAUUAACCACCUGGGCGAUCUGACUACUGAAGAGAUCACUGGCAGUCUGAUGGGCACCAUUGUGCCUUCUGACCUGGAGAGGGGUCCUUCAAACUUUAUCAGGCUCAACCACACUCUUCCACUGUCUAUGGACUGGAGGGAUGAAGGCCUGGUAACUGAGGUCAAAAUGCAGGGUUCUUGUGGAUCCUGUUGGGCCUUCAGUGCAGUCGGAGCUCUGGAAGGGCAACUCAAGAAGUCUACUGGUGUCCUGAUAUCCCUCAGUCCUCAGAACCUGGUGGAUUGCUCUGUGAAAUACGGCAACCACGGGUGCAACGGUGGCUUCAUGUCAAACGCCUUCCAGUACGUCAUUAAAAACCAAGGCAUAGAUUCUGAAGCAGACUACCCCUACGUUGGCAUGCGUGGUCGGUGCAAAUAUAACAAACAGCAACGGGCUGCUAACUGCUCAGGCUACGCCUUCUUACCAGAGGGGAAUGAGUUUGCAUUGAGGGACGCUCUGGCUAGCAUCGGCCCCAUCUCUGUAGCUAUUGAUGCCUCAAGGCCGAAGUUUGCCUUCUACCGUCAUGGUGUGUACAGGGACCACACAUGCACCCACAAUGUGAACCAUGGGGUGCUGGCUGUGGGCUACGGCACUGAGAGACUGCACGACUACUGGCUGAUCAAAAACAGUUGGGGUGAGAACUACGGGGAUGAAGGCUACAUCAAGAUGGCUCGGAACAGACACAACCAGUGUGGCAUCGCUCUCUAUGCUUGUUUCCCCAUCAUGUGAUCAGCAGAUGCCAGUUUUUGAAUGUACUUUUCCUCAGAAAUAUUUUGUACGGUAUUUUAAAUAAAGUGUCUGAUGCUUUA